AGACAAUCUACAACGAUGCAGAUACUCUUAAUCACUAGUCUGCUAGUCGGCACUACUCUGGCCGUCGGCAAAGGUAGUUAUGGUGGAGGUUUUGGUGGUGUAAGUGGCGGCGCCUCAGGAGGAAUUGGUGGUUCAAUAACCGGUGGCGGUGCUCUUGGAGGUGGCGGUGGGGGAUCCGGAAGUGGCAAUGUAAUGGUUGUUGCUGGUGGCGGCGGUGGUUCUGGAUAUCCUUACGGGGGUAUUGGUGCUGGCGGUCCCGGUGGCUCUGGUGGCCCUUGGGGCCCUAGCGGCUGGAGAAUAGGCGGCGCCGGAAGCGUAUCCGGUAGCUUCGGACCUGGCGAUCAGAGCUCUUUUGGAAGAGGGAUUGACGGCACCGGUUCAGGACCAAGCAAUGGAUUUGGAUUCGGUGGAUCUUUCGGAGGAAUUGCAUUUGUAAGCGGUGGACCCAAUGCUGGUGGACCGACAUUCGGUCCCGUGUCCGGAGGUCCUAGUUACGGUGGUCCUACUUCCGGAGGUGCUGUUACUGGUCCCAGUGGCUCGUUCCCGGGCGGCCUCGUUUUUGGUGGCCCCACCGGUGCUAGACCAAGCACUGGAUUUGGCGUUAGUGAAUCUUUCGGAGGCGGGGCAUUUUUAAGUGGUGUUCCCACGUUUGGUGGACAGACAUUCGGUCCAGUGUCUGGAGGCCUUCUUUCCGGUGGCCCAAUUUCCGGAAGUGCUGCAUCUGGCCCCUUUGGCUCGUUCCCGGGCGGCCUUGUUUCUGUUGGCCCCACCGGUGCUAGACCAAGCAAUGGAUUUAGAUUUGGUGGAUCUUUCAGAGGCGGCGCAUUUGUAAGCGGUGGACCAACUGCUGGUGGACCGACAUUUGGUCCAGUGUCCGCAGGACCUGUCUCCGGUGGCCCCAUGUCCGGAGGUGCUGUAUCUGGCCCCAGUGGUCCCUUCUCGGGUGGUCCUGUCUCUGGUGGUCCUGUAGCUAGUCCGAGUGGCUUCUUCACAGGCAGAACUAGUGGUACCGUCGUUAUGACAAGUGGACAAAGAGGCCCUGCUCCUGGUCUCCCCAUUUCCGGGUCUCGACUUCCAGUGUUCGGAGGAUCUGGUGCCGGCGUUGUAAGUGGCGACUUCGGGGGUGCAAUCGGAGGCAGUUUGGGAGGAAAUGUCGGUGGUUCAUCCGUUAGAAAAACCUACUAGCCGACGAUGAUUUGCCAGUGUCUUUUGCAUUCAGUACCGACGUCAACUGGACCGGUUUUACCGACGAGAUAUAUUAUAUUUUAUUUAAAUUAUAAUCAAUUAGUUCGCUUAUAUACUCUCUUAUAUUGUUGAUUUGUUUUUCCCAAAUGCCAUGUUGAGAAUGAGUC